GUGCUUUUUGGCCCUGAGAUCCCCAACUCAUGACAGAGGAUUCAAUGGGGGAUAUGAUCUCCUCUCCAGCCUCUUGGUUAUGAGUGAGCUGUAAUCUAGUCUCUUCCGGUUGCGGACGGAUUUUAACUUUAAGCAGAGGGCACCACCAUUUCAACAGCCUUCAGGGAGCAGAGCAACAGGAUGGCAAAACAGAAUCUAACAUGCUGGAAUUUCUUCAAGUGCUUUGACAGAAAUAAAAGGUAUGUUCAGGAUCAAACCAACUCUGCUGGUCCCGGGGGCUAACCGAGAGGUCCAAGUCCAGUCUGAGGUCGAUGGUGCGGUAUGGAGGCUGUCCAUCAAAGCUGUAGUUGGGUCCAAGGCAGGGAGUCGGGUAGGGUCAGGAACUCUGGCAGAAGAGCCGGACAGGGUGCAGGCAGGAACAGACUAGCAACAACGUUGCUCCUGCAACCUGGGACUGGGGCUGACUGGCUUUUAUCAGCCCCCAGGCAUAGGGCGGCCCCGGUCCACAGGUGACUCGCCUCUCCUGGCCUGGAGGUGAGCACUCUUCCUGCGGGAACUCGGUUCCCUCCGCCUCUCUGCCCUGAGCCUCUGCAGCUCAGGAGAGGCUGGAGGGUUACCGGACCCAGAGGCAACCUCAGCUUCCUCUGACGGGGCUGAGAGUGGAGCACCUGCAGGCAAUGGGUCCUCCAUCACCUCAGGAGCCAGAGCAGACUCAGCUGAUGCCUGCACCUGAGGACCCAGCACAGGUGAGGGCCCUUCAGGCUCAGACCCCAGCCCUAGCUCAGCUGGUUCUGGAGGCGGGGACUCCUGUGCAGGCUGGGAUUCCUCAGGUUCAGCCUCUUGAGUCCGAAUCCCAGGCCAUCACACUAAAGGUGAAAAAUUGGCAUCACAGGUGGAGGGAUGUCUGCAUGCAAAUUACAUUUAAAGGGUGUGGCUUUCCCCAAAGAAUCUUGGAAAUGGCAGUUUACCUUUCACAGAGCUACAGUUCUCAGCACCCUUAACAAACGAAAAGUCCUAGGAUUCGGAGGGGGGAGUCAUGUGUUUUAAAUAUACUUUAAAUAUAUGAUACCUAGGUAAGAUGUGUUGUCAUCCAUCCAUUACUGGGUUUCAUUAAAGAAUCAUUUGACCAACUCAUGGAUGUGCUAGGAAAUCACGGAAGCCUUCUUAUAAAUCAUGGGAGGUUUGGGCUGUUGGAAAGAAAGCUGCUGUUUCUGUCUUCGACAGGGCAACAGAGUGCUUUAAUCCACCAUAAUUGUGCAAACCUAAAUUUACUGGUAUAUGCCUGAAUUGCUCCUUCAUAUUUCCGACAGUCUGGAGGUGCUCACAGACUACCAAUUUGUUCUCAGCCAGUUUGUGUGAGGCAGGGAAUAUUUUCCCCUCAGCCAUACAACUGGGGAAAACACUCUGUGGCUUUAUUUUUAAAACACAAUGCGUUUGCAUCAAAUGCAAUACUCCCCAUUUUCAAUUGUUCUGAAAUCACAUAGAAAGUGUGUGGGGGGGUGGGUGUUUUAAAAGCCAGGAAAAUUAAGGAGAAAAUGACCAGGGAGGAAGGCAUUUUGGGUACCUCCAGAUGACCUGAUUAUUGAGCAGUCAUUUUGAUUUUUUUGCCUGCAGGUUAGAUUGUCCUACUAUUUUCCUUUCCACUUAAUUUUUUUUUUGGGGGGGGGGAGUGGUUUUGUUUUGCAAGACUUCCUGUUCUACUAUAGUUGCACGAUCUGAAUUUGUUGUACAUGAUAGAGCCCCACCCCAAAACAAUGAGAAUCUCGAAGCAGUCUCUUAUUUUUUAUUCAUUUAUUUAUUUGAGAUAUGAGCUUCUUUCUUAUUUUUAAUAAAAAAAAUUAUUAACAAUUUCAACGUAACAAAUUAACAAAACAAAUCAUCUUCAUUAUUUCCCCCCCUUCCCCCCCCUUCCCAACAAACCCUCCCUCCUUCCCUCCCCCCAAGACUUCCCUCAGCUUCGCUCUCUGAUUUCUCAACUCAUGCUGUUCUCUGCAUACUAUAAAAUUGUAUACAUCCUUAUAUUAUCUAUCUACUAUAUUAACCCUCAAUAAAUUUGUGUAUGUUUAUUCAAAACCUGCCAAGGAGUCCAGUUCAUUUUGUUAUCUUUUUAAAUAAUUUGUAAAAAGUUCCCAUUCUUUUUUGAAGUCACAGUUGUCCCUAUCUCGCAAUUUGUAUGUCAGUUUCGCCAGUUCUGCAUAGUUCAUCAAUUUCUCUUGCCACUGUUCUUUUGUUGAGGUUUCCUCAUUCUUCCAUCCUUGUGCUAUCAAGACUCUUGCCGCUGUUGUAGCAUACACAAAUAAAUUCUUUAUUUUCCUUGGCAGGUCUUGUCCUACAAUCCCUAACAAAAAUGCUUCUGGGUUUUUUGCAAAUGUCAUUUUAAACAUUUUCUUCAAUUCAUUACAUAUCAUUUCCCAAUUUUUUUAAAUUUCUCUGCAUUCCCACCACAUGUUAAAAGGUCCCUUCCUUUUCUUGACAUUUCCAACAUAUGUUUGACCCAGUUUUAUACAUUUUUGCUAUCUGUACUGGUGUUAUAUACCAUCUAUACAUCAUUUUCAUGUAGUUUUCUUUCAAAAGAGAACAAUCUGUAAAUUUUAAAUCUAUUUUCCACAGUUUUUCCCAAACUUCAAAUUGUAUGUUAUGUCCUUUAUCUUGUGCCCAUUUGAUCAUGACCGAUCUCACCUCCUCAUCUUUUGUUUCCCAUUCUAGCAGAAUACUUCAGCAACUUCACUUUCCAUUCUAUGACUUCCUUUUAAAAUCUAGAAGUGGUGUAACUAAAUACUUUCCUGGAAUCUCAAAGCAGUCUCUGAUGGCAUGGAAGAGCAGGGCAACUUCAAAGGUGUCAGGGGGUGCAAAAAACCAGGAUUUGGGCUGCAGGUUGCCCACCUGUGCUUUAGAAGGCAGGAAUCAUAGAAUCAAUCACAGAAUUGUACAGCUGGAAGGGACACCAAGGGUCAUCUAGUCCAACCCCCUGCAAUGCAGGAAUCUCAGCUAAAGCAUCCAUGACAUGUGGCCAGCCAACCUCUGCUUAAAAAGUCCACAACCUCCCAAGGGAGACCAUACCACUGUUGCUAUUGCUGCUGGUGGGUAGGGAUUUAUGUUAAUUAAUAUCCAUACAUAUACAGAGCUAAACACAGAGACCAAGAAUCAUGAUCCACCCCCACUCAUCCUUUCUUUUUCUUCCCUCAUUGGCAAUAGAACCUCUCAAGAAGAGUUUGUUGUUGUUGUUGUUUAGUCGUUUAGUCAUGUCCGACUCUUCAUGACCAGGCACUCCUGUCUUCCACUGCCUCCCGCAGUUUGAUCAAACUCAUGCUGGUAGCUUCGAGAACACUGUCCAACCAUCUCGUCCUCUGUCGUCCCCUUCUCCUUGUGCUCUCCAUCUUUCCCAACAUCAGGGUCUUUUCCGGGAGUCUUCUCUUCUCAUGAGGUGGCCAAAGUAUUGGAGCCUCAGCUUCAGGAUCUGUCCUUCCAGUGAGCACUCAGGGCUGAUUUCCUUCAGAAUGGAUAGGUUUGAUCUUCUUGCAGUCCAUGGGACUCUCAAGAGUCUCCUCCAGCACCAUAAUUCAGAAGCAUCAAUUCUUCGGUGAUCAGCCUUCUUAAUGGUCCAGCUCUCACUUCCAUACAUCACUACUGGGAAAACCAUGGCUUUAACUAUACAGACCUUUGUUGACAAGAAGAGUAGCUUAACUCAAAUGACUUUGUAUGCCUCCCAACUUUGAUCCCUUUUUUGCAUUUCCAGGAGAGACAUCCUUGAGCUGGCAAUUUCUGAUGAGGAACCUCAGAACAUGGAGAGACUGAAGAUGGAUAAUCUCUCCCAUUUCUUAUCAGACAAGCAGAGCAUCGUUGGCCACUGCAACACCUUCACCAUUGUAGCAAUGGUGCACAUCACCAAGGACGAUGGAGAUCUUCUGCAGGAUGUUAAGCAGGGGCAGAGAGAGGAGCAGAUCGUGAUGGAGAACCUUUCUGAUGUCCCAUGCAAAGGGGAAAAAGAUGGAGAGCACCUUGAGAGAUCUGAUGACAGGAGACAGAAGGACGCCGGCACACAGCAGACCCACAGAAAUGGCCUAAUGGGGGAAAUGAUAGCUUCUAGGAUACUGAAAGGUCAGCGGGGAGUAGGAGAAUUGAAAUAUAUGGCUUGUCACAAUGUACUGUAUUUUUCGCUCUAUAGGACGCACCAGACGAUAGGAUGCACCUAGUUAGGGGGGGAGGAAACAAGAAGAAAAAAAUUAUGAAUCCCAGAAGCCAGAACAGCAAGAGGGAUCUGGCUUCUGGGAUAGCCACUGGGAUAGCUGGUCUAGCUUUGCGCGAAGCCUCCGUAGGGCAUGGGGAGCCUUCAUCCCCGUGCCCUGCGGAGGUUUCGUGGGGCUAUGCAAAAGCCAGCAUAGCUAGAGGGAGCGCUCCCUCUAGCUGUUCUAGCUUUGUGCGAAGGCUCCGCACGGGGAGCCUUCAUCCCUGUGCCCUGCGGAGGCUUCUGGGACAGCCUGCGAAGCCUCCGGAGGGCAGCGGGAUGAAGGCACCCUGCUGCCCUGGGUAGGCCUCCUGCAGAGGCUUUGCGCAGCUAACCCCAAAGCCUUUGGAGCGCAGUGCGAGUUCCCGCUGCGCUCCAAAGGCUUCAGGGAUAGCCGCCUGAAGCCUUUGGAGCAUAGCGGGACCUCGCGCUGCGCUCCAAAGGCUUCGGGUUCCUUUCGCUGAAGCCAGGAGUCCCGACCCCUCAUCCCACACCGACCCCUCUCGCUCUCCAGGCUUCAGCGAAAGCAACGCGUAGCCUCCGGAGCACAGAGGGAGUGCUCCCUCUGCGCUUUAGAGGCUUCGCGUUGCUUUCGCUGAAGCCAAGGAGCCUGCACUCACUCCAUAGGACGCAGAAACAUUUCCCCUUAAUUUUUGGAGCGGAAAAAAUGCGUCCUAUAGAGCGAAAAAUACGGUAUGUGCCAUCCAGCCAGUUGAUCUGUCUGCCUAGGCAGGAUUUGGCUUCUGGUUGCAUCACUUCAGUACUUCAGUAGAAAGAUGAGCAGAGAUAUCUUAGGGGCGGGGAGAGGCACAGCAAUCACCAGUGGCAGCUCAUGGUGGACCCCCAAGUCACCUCUGGCCUAGGAGAUGCUUUCCUUACAAACGAGAGAGCAUGGAAAAUAAAUUUGCCUGUAUCACCAUCCUUACCACCCAUUUGAGAGAAGGUAGGUUGUUCUGUAGGGACAAGGGUGGCGCUGUGGGUUAAACCACAGAGCCUAGGACUUGCCGAUCAGAAGGUCGGCAGUUUGAAUCCUUGCGACGGACUGAGCGCCCGUUGCUCGGUCCCUGCUCCUACCAACCUAGCAGUUCAAAAGCACGUCAAAGAGGCAAGUAAAUAAAUAGGUACCGCUCUGGUGGGAAGGUAAAUGGUGUUUCCGUGCGCUGCUCUGGUUCGCCAGAAGCGGCUUAGUCAUGCUGGCCACAUGACCCGGAAGCUGUACACCGGCUCCCUCGGCCAAUAAAGCGAAAUGAGCACCGCAACCCCAGAGUCGGCCACGACUGGACGUAGUGGUCAGGGGUCCCUUUACGUUUACCUAGGUUGUUCUGUGUAACUGCACUCCUCAACAGCCUGCUUUUAUGAGGUAAACAUUUUCAUCCCAAGGCCUGCAUUCAUUUGUGGACAACCUUUUGAAGUUGUGGGCAUAUGGUAGAGCAAUGAAUGCCAGUUUUGCCUUUGUACAGUAGGCUGGAUUACACAGCCUCCCAAACCUCUCUCUAGCCCCCAUCCAGACAAGGGGUAGGUAGUAAUAGUGAUGAUGAUGAUGAUGAUAAUGGCACAGGAUGCCUAUUGGAUAGUAUUCAUGCCAUGACUAAUAAUGAGCAUCUCAAUUAGGAGAAUCUAGUGCUUUUCUAAAACCUUUUUUUUAUACCUAUUUUGUUGUUUAGUCGUUUAGUCGUGUCCGACUCUUCGUGACCCCAUGGACCAGAGCACACCAGGCACUCCUGUCUUCCACUGCCUCCUGCAGUUUAGUCAAACUCAUGUUUGUAGCUUCGAGAACACUGUCCAACCAUCUCAUCCUCUGUCGUCCCCUUCUCCUUGUGCCCUCAAUCUUUCCCAACAUCAGGGUCUUUUCCAGGGAGUCUUCUCUUCUCAUGAGGUGGCCAAAGUAUUGGAGCCUCAGCUUCAGGAUCUGUCCUUCCAGUGAGCACUCAGGGCUGAUUUCCUUCAGAAUGGAUAGGUUUGAUCUUCUUGCAGUCCAUGGGACUCUCAAGAGUCUUCUCCAGCACCAUAAUUCAAAAGCAUCAAUUCUUCGGCGAUCAGCCUUCUUGAUGGUCCAGCUCUCACUUCCAUACAUCACUAUUGGGAAAACCAUAGCUUUAACUGUACAGACCUUUGUUGGCAAGGUGAUGUCUCUGCUUUUUAAGAUGCUGUUAGCUAUUAUGUUCCCACAAAUUAUCCUUUCUUCAGAGAAUAGAUUGCUGUGUCCUUGUUUCUUUCAGAUCAAGAAGAUAGGAAGAGUGGCACACCAGCCUUUUGUUUUCAUUUUCUCAACCACCAUCCCAGGAAGGUGCCCAACAUAAAUCUGAUUGAGUCAUCCCAGAAAGAUGCAUCAACAGUCGCCCAUUAAAAGUGCCUUGAUCAUCGACAGACUUGUCAGCAUAUGGAUGUCCUUGUUUCAGAAAUGCUGGCCAGGCGGUCUCCCUUCACGGGGCCAGGUUAACUCAUAAUUAUCCUCCCGAUUGCAGAAGAUGCGUAGAUUCUGCAGGCAGCCUUCAAAUGAAUGCUGAACUGAGAGAUGGGGGAGAGCAGGAAUAUGGAAAGGGUGCCGUGGCUAUGUUUGAAAAAAUCAUGGAAAUAUGGCAAAUGGGCAUUCCUCCUCUCUUUUAGUGGUGUGAUUCCCCCACACAUGCCAGUGUUGCUGCAUCUCUUGGCCUGGAAACGCGGUUACUAAAUGGAAGCUGGGUGUAAUCUUGGGAUCUAUAGUUUAUCCCCCACAAAGCAGAAAUUCCUGCUCCCUUAACAAGCUAGUUACUGGGGUUGAGGGUCAAGUGGAUCAGGCGGCGACCCAAAGGAAAGCUGUUUGUUUAUUCUUCGGCACACUGCUGUGCUAUCAUUUUCCUCUUCGUUAUUACUGGCAAAAAGUUCAAGUCCACCUCACCCCAGAAACAUUGGCAGAGUUCUCGUUUUAAGCACUUUAAUCUGGGCUGGAACAAAUAUAUAUAUAUAUUAAUAUAUUAAAUGUGAAGGUUCUGUGUGUCAUGGCAGCAGCAGGUCUCCCUGACUUCCUGCUUGCAAAGGAAUGCUUCAACUGGAUGACAUUGCUUGAAGUGGGGGCUGAGUUGCUGGUGACUCUCCAGAUUUUGCAGAGUCUUCACCUGAAAUUGAUGAAAGCCUUUCUGUUCCUACAGGCAUUUCAAGUAAGUUUUAUCAGGCCAAUUUUUCGUUUUUAUUACACACCAUAUUAUUUGACGGAUGCGUUGUUUUGUAAACAACUUUGAGACCGUUUAUGGUGAAAAGUGG